AGACACAUAAGCCAGAUGUAGCAGUUUAGCAUGGAGAACCAAGCCCACAAUACAAUAGGAACUUCUCCUUGUGAGGCUGAGCUUCAGGAAUUAAUGGAACAAAUUGACAUCAUGGUAAGCAACAAAAAAUUGGACUGGGAAAGAAAAAUGCGGGCUUUGGAGACACGAUUAGAUCUUCGGGAUCAAGAAUUAGCUAAUGCACAAACUUGUUUGGAUCAGAAAGGUCAAGAGGUGGGAUUACUUCGACAGAAGUUGGACAGUCUAGAAAAAUGUAAUUUAGCAAUGACUCAGAAUUAUGAAGGACAACUACAAACCUUAAGAGCUCAAUUUUCUCAACUAACCAAUAACUUUGAAAAACUGAGAUUACACCAGAUGAAGCAGAACAAAAUUGGCCGAAAAGAAAUCCCUCACAAAGAAGAAAUGCCCUUUGAACUGAGCAAUUUGAACCAAAAAUUAGAGGAAUUCAGAGCAAAGUCAAGAGAAUGGGACAAGCAAGAGAUACUGUAUCAGACUCACCUGGUUUCUUUAGAUGCACAACAAAAGUUACUGUCUGAAAAAUGCAAUCAAUUCCAGAAACAGGCACAAAAUUACCAAUCCCAACUAAAUGGUAAAAAACAGUACAUGGAAGACAGCAGCUCUGAAAUUCCUCGUCUGGCAUGUGAAUCGGACCCUGGUGCUGAAACCGGUGAAAGAGAUGAAUUCAUUAUUGAAAAAUUAAAAUCAGCUGUGAGCGAAAUAGCACUGAGCAGAAAUAAGUUACAAGAUGAAAACCAGAAGCUUUUACAAGAAUUGAAAAUGUACCAAAGACAGUGCCAGGCCAUGGAGGCGGGACUGUCAGAGGUGAAAAAUGAGCUGCAGUCACGUGAUGAUCUCUUAAGAAUUAUAGAAAUGGAACGACUGCAGUUACACAGAGAAUUACUGAAAGUAGGGGAGUGCCAAAACAUUCAAGAAAAUAAAAAAAGACUUGAAUCAUCUUAUGCAACUUCUCUGAAAGAACCAGAAAGGAAGAAGAAAGAUCUGUUUUUAAUGGUCUCAGAUCAAUCAGAUCAUGAAAAAGAAUUAAACAAGCUGCUCUCUUAUUUGCAGAUAAGAUAUGAGGCGGAAGAGUACCACCGCUCUGAGCAGGAAAGAAUGAAGAAUGAAAUCUCUGACUUGACGCAGGAGCUCCAUCAGAAGGAGAUCACCAUAGCAACUGUCAUGAAAAAAGCUUCCCUUCUUGAAAAACAGUUGAAGAUGGAAUUAGAAAUAAAAGAAAAAAUGUUAGCCAAACAACAGGUCUCAGAUAUGAGAUAUAAGGCCAUCAGAACAGAAAACCCACAUCUAAAAGGAAUGAUGGGAGAUUUAGACCCUGGACGGUAUAUGAGUAUGGACUUCACUCACAGGGAACAUUCAAGACAUUCAUCUAUCAACAAAUUAGAAUAUGAGAAUGAAAAGCUCCGAAAUGAUCUUGCAAAACUGCAUGUCACUGGAAAACCAGCAUGGUCCACCCAAAACACCUAUGAAGAACCAGGGAGAUAUGCCUAUCAAAGCCAAAUAAAAAUGGAGAAAACUGAAGAUAGACUUAACCAAGAUUGUGAGCCAGAUACAAGUGCUAUGUCUCCACUGUCACCUAUGCCAUUCCAGACCAGAGAGAUGACCAGUCCUUUCGUAAGUGAUGACGAAGUGUUACUUCUGUCUCCCCCAGAUAUAUCCUUCCCAGCUUCUUUGGCCGCACAACAUUUCCUUCUGGAAGAAGAGAAACGAGCAAAAGAACUUGAAAGACUUCUAAAUACUCAUAUUGAUGAGCUGCAAAGACACAGCGAAUUUACUCUCAAUAAAUACACCAGACUGAAACAAAAUAGACACAUAUGA